AUGGCAGCUUUGGUACAGACGAUUCCUCAGCAAAGCAGCGCGGUUCCGGUGCUCCAAACACGCCCCUCUUCCUCCUCGGGUGCCUUCACCACAUCUCAGUCCUUACAGCAAACGAACUCUCGAAAUUCCGCCAUGUCUUGGAACACAUACAACACAGCCGGCAAUUCGGGGAGCUAUAGGCCUGGCCAUCAAGUGGUGGCCCCCUACGCCUUUACCAGCACCCCCAACCACUCCAAUUCAUCAAAUGUGCAGAACCGUCAGUCAUGGUCUCCUAGCUUGAGACCUGAGCAUCGAACUUCCUCUGCCCCUUCUGUUCCUCAACUCCCCGCGAAUGCUGCUCUCGUCGGGAACCAUUCACGCCCCGUCCACUACACUGCAGCUGGUUCUGUAUCUACUUCAUCUUCCAACUCUUCCGUCCAGUCACACAUGUCCAAAGACGAUACGGCGAUUCCUUCCCGACAGCCUCGCGGUGACCCUUCCAUUCGUCCCUUAUCAACCGCCAAUUUGCCUUCUCCCACACCGCCAUUCAUGAACAUAUCUUCCCCUACAGUAUCCCGUCCUUCGCCCGAUCGUUAUCGUCGUGGAAACCGUCGCUCAGAUGCGUCCGCAGGUGCUCGCGCGUCUCCUCCGAUCUUGGAUGAAAAUCCGCAGCAGACGACGUCCGCUGGCCCAACAGGCGCCAAGAGCCUGAUGCCGGACGGCAAGGGCCAUACCAGGGCCACCAGUGCAGAUGAUAACUCACGGUCGGAUAAGCCCCAACCAGAAUUGGCGAAGCGAUAUCGACGGAGGAGCUGGGGAAACAUGGACAACACCGGUCUUAUCAAUCUUGAGCUUAAGCUGCCCGUUGCAUCCCCAAUUCCGAUGCCAGGCGGACAAGACUACUUUGACCAAGAUCGGCCAAGGUCGGCUCAGUCCAACAGGGAGGUGUCGGGGAGCAUACAGUCUGCUCGCUCUUCCACAUCAUCUGUCGCUGAACCUGGCACUGUGUCGCCAAAACCCGCUACGAAACCAGAGGAGACUAAACGCACGCCUAAACCAUCCCCGCUAUCUCAACCUGUCUCUGCAGACCCUACUUCACCACAAACCUCACAGCCAACCCAGCGAGAACCACCCAAACUGGCGAGCCCGGCCUCGCAACGCCUGGCUGAGCUUUCGAGGAAUGAUGCACAUCGACCUGGCAAAUCACGGUUGAGGAGGGCCUUUUCGUUCGGAAGCGCCUCGGAACUCCUCAAGGCCUCGCAGAACAGCCACCGCAAAGAUGGACUUUCGGUGGACAAGUCUCGCAGGGAUAUCUUGAAGGAAGAGUUGGGUGCCGAACAUGCUGCCAUUGCCGAACAGCAGGAAGCCAGUGGUCUGGGAGAAAGUAUAUACUCACAUCACCAGGGCCGUAUCUUCAAUAGCUCAACGGAUAACCUGUCCAUCUCGUCAACCGCUUCCUCCGCGUCAAUUAUGCUACGGAAAAUGGGCAAAGGGAUGAAACGGUCCACGAGGUCGUUGGUUGGUCUAUUCCGACCAAAGUCAGUGAUCGCGUCGUCACCGGAUGACAUGGCGGCGCAACCGAUGGCGCCGCAGGUGUCGGUUGUGAAUAUCGAGGCGGAAAGAAAGGGCGUUGCGGCGAAUGCAGACCCUACAGAUCUUCCACACGGCGGAACCGUGUUCCCCAAGGUCGAGUCCACUGUCCUCUCCGCUUCCGGCAAGGAGAACGACGAUGCGGUGCAAUCGCGUAAAAGCAUUGUAGGAGGGGACCGAGAGCGCGCAGAGGUUCUCGCAGCUGUCAGAAAGGGUAUCCUUAAAAAAAACAAUUCCGAUAUCGCAUUAUCCGCAGCUGCCAAGUCCGGCACGCAUACAGAGAACGGCACCGACUCACCUCAGUCCAGUACGCCCAGCACACCGGAAGAACAGCCUCGAACCGGGAUACGACGCCCGGACGCGGUUAAAAUCGCCGGUGAAGAUGAGAUACCUGAAACAAAGAAUGAUUCCCUCGGACCACCGGUGGCCUCAAAGAGCCUCGUUUUCAGCCCUCGAAUUCAGUUCCAUGAGACGUGGCCUAGCGGAGAGUACGAUCGUCGGGGAGAUAUCGCGACGUGCAACCGACUCACUCCACUUCUGGCUCAGCAGAUCAAGGAGGAGCUGAAUACGUUCAAGAUGGAGAUGGAAGUUCACGAAACCUCGAAAAUCUAUACUCACUUUCUCUGA